UUUUUCUGCUUGUCUCGCACCAAAACCCUGCAACAAUUUCCACUGGGAAGACGAUCCAACGACGGCGAAAUUUACUGCUUAAUAGAAGGUCCACAUCCUAAAAUGUCUUCUCUUGGAACUUCGAAAGGGAUUCUCGAGAUUGCAAAAUUUGCUAUCUAUGUGUCAGUUCCUAUUGCUCUUAUGUUCACAUUUGCCAACAACACUGAGAAUCUCAAGAAAAUAAUGGGAAAUCGCUCUUAUGUGGUGUAUCCCCCUGAAGGUCCUCGACCUCCAUCACCAGAAGAACUCAGGGAAAUGGCUCGAGAGAUAGCUCGCAAGAAUAACAUCCGCUAAUGGGCUUCUAUGAUGUAAUCAAGAACUAUCCUACUCUCUUCUCUGUAACUAUUCUCAUGACCAAAAUAUAUGUAGAUGAAAUAAAUGUUUGUUUUUUUGGUACAAAUGUUACACAAAAAAUUAAAGGGCGAUCCUAGAAAGGCCUGUCAGGCUAGGCUGCAAUAUCUCAGUUAGAUGCACCAAGAUCUUAGUUAUUUAAUUUUAAAUUUGGAUGAAGUAUGAACCCUUAAUCACAAUUUCUUUGUUAAUUGAAGUCAAGAGUGGUUAUUCCAAAUCAUCCACAUUUAAGAGAGAA